AUGGAGGUAAACAAUAGUGUCAGCUCGAAGGAUGCUGCCAGUAUCAAAGAGGUCAAGGAACGCAUCGAAGUAGCCGGGGUUGCGCCAGAGCCUGUGACAGUAGACGUGAACGUAGAGAAGUCGAUUUGUUUGAAGCUUGACACUUGUCUUUUCAACAUCAGACCUCUCUUGACGCUCAUGUAUCUAUGCAAUGCACUCGACAAAGGGAAUGUAGCCAAUGCUAAGACAGAUGGCCGAUAUUAUUCUAGGUAUGGACAUCGACCUUGGCUUCGUGGCAAUCAAUACAACGUUCUCUUAUCCGUAUUUUUUGUCCCUUUCGUUCUCUCCGCCUUUCCCGUCACAGUGGUUGGCAAGAUCUAUGAACCAUCGCUAGUAUUACCUCUCUUGAUGUUGUCCUUUGGCGCGAUGACGUUGCUAAUGGCCGCAACCCAGAACUUUGCCGGAAUGAUGACUGUGCGCUGGUUCCUCGGUAUGGCCGAAAGCGGUUUCUUCCCGUUGGUGAUAUACUACUUGACAACAUUUUAUCGUCGAGGGGAGCUUGCUCGACGCCUUGGCUUCUUCUAUGCUGCCUUCAACGUCGCGAGCGCUUUCAGUGGUUUACUCUCGUUCGGCGUAUUCCAGCUUCAUUCCGGCUCCUUGCAGGCAUGGAGAUACCUCUUUCUAAUCGAAGGUGCAGCUGCCAUCCUUAUCAGUGCCGUCGCCUAUUGCAUCCUUCCCCGUUCGCCCGCGACGGCUCGAUUCCUCAGUAAAGAAGAAAGAAUCCAGGCUACACUUCGCAUCCAGCACGACUCAUCGGCAAUCAUUGAUGAAAAGCUAUCCUUGCGUGACGCACUUCGUGUUUUCCUCCACCCCGUCGCUUGGGUGUGGAUGUCCAUCGAGAUCUUCAUGGGCAUACCAAUGCAAUCGGUGGCUUUAUUCCUGCCCCAAAUCGUGCAGCGCCUCGGAUACGGAACAGUCAAAACGAAUCUGUUCACUGUUGCACCAAAUGUCGCAGGUGCUGUGGCAUUGAUUGUUCUAGCAUACAUCUCCGAUUACACGCGUCUUCGCUUCGCGUAUCUGGCGCUUGCGCUCGUAUUCCCGUUCGUCGGCUUCAUACUCUAUGCGACACUCGAUCUGAACAAUCAACUGAACAUCGCGUAUUUUGCGACAUUUCUCAUGUGCAUGGGCUCUAGCGCACCUUCGGUCCUGCUGGCAACAUGGUACAACAACAACACGCCCGGAGAAGGGAGAUGCAGUGCCCUCACCGCAGUUGGCAUCCCACUCGGCAAUUUGAUGGGCGUCGUUACGAGCAAUAUCUUCCUUCCGAAGGACGCCCCGACGUAUAUGCCAGCCCUGGUUACAUCGGCCGUCUCCAGUGGUUUGGGUGUGCUGACGGCGUUGCUACUUGGAGUAUGGAUGCACUGGGACAAUUGGCAGAGAAAUAUCUGUUCGGGAGAGGUGCUGCGAGUAGAGGAUGUUUCGACCGAGGCACUUCAUGAAGGGCCAGACAACCCUUCCUUUAGAUGGUUCCUCUAG